CUGACUCCUUCCGUUUUAUUUUGAAGGCUCAACCGGAAGUGCUGCGUGUUUUUACUCCAUCUAGCUUCACGCUGGUUUCCGCGUGUUGAUACUGAAGAGGAUCCGAAGAGAAACAAGUUUUGUCGCAUCGCUAGAGACCCAAACUCAGGCCAAAACCAGAGGAAAAUGGACAUGAAGAAGAGGGUUUCCUUAGAGCUGCGGCACCGCUCGCCCACAGAAGUCCAGGAGCUGGUUCUGGAUAACUGUCGCUCCGGAGAGGGAAAGAUCGAGGGAAUCACGGAAGAGUUCUCGAACCUGGAGCUGCUGAGCCUCAUCAACGUGGGCCUGACGAGCGUCGCAGACAUCCCCAAACUGGACAAACUCAAAAAGUUGGAGCUGAGUGACAACAGGAUAUCAGGAGGUUUGGAGCUGCUGUCCGAGCGACUCGUGAACCUAACGCACCUGAACCUGAGCGGGAACAAGUUCAAAGACAUCGGUACACUGGAGCCUCUGAAAAAGCUCCCGCACCUGAAGAGCCUGGACCUGUUUAACUGCGAGGUCACGAACCUGGCGGACUACAGAGACUCCAUCUUUAAGCUCCUCCCACAACUCACCUAUCUGGACGGGUACGACAUCGACGACUGCGAGGCGUCCGACUCCGACGGAGAAGUGGUCGACGAUGAGGACGAGGAAGGACUGGAGGGCGAUUCGGAGGACUUUGAUGAAGAGGAGGAGGAAGACGAAGAGGAUGUCGUCGCCGCUGAGGAAGUAGACAGCGACGACGACAGCGACGAGGACGGAGAGGUGAACGGAGACGUUGACAGCGAGGACGACGACGACGAUGAAGAUGAUGACGAUAGUGGUGACGAAGACUCGUCUCCGGCUAAAGGAGAGAAGAGGAAGAGGGAGCCUGAAGCCGAGGAGGAAGAGGAGGAAGAUGAUGAUUAAGGACCCUGAAAAGACCCCCAAAAAACCUCUGACCUCUGGCCCGGUGACCCCUCCCCCUUCCAUGACCUCCCCCUCCCCCCCCGGGGUGUGUCCCAUUUCCCACGCCCUCGUUAUCCUGCAGAGCGAAACUCCGUUAAUUCAUCAAAACCACCUCGUUCUCCUUUUCUGAUUUUGCAAAAAAGAGUUUGUCAGGAUCCACAAACUCCAGGCGUUUUUAAUUCCUGCCGUCAUCAGAUCUCUAAAUAUUCCUUUACAGCUCAAACUAAUGUAUUUUUAUGCACAUUUCUGAGUUUCAAAUUCACAAAACAAACCAAAAAUCAAACUGGAGAUCAUGUUUUUCAUCGAGUUAAUAUCCGAUUUCUAUCUCGUUUCAGUGUUUUGUCCGUAAAAUAUUAGGAAUGCACGUUACGCGCCCUCAGAGAAGAACUUAAACGUCAUAUUUUAUCAACCAAAACAUGAUAUUAUCAUUUCGGAGACAAAACAGCAGAAAUUCUCACAUUUAUGACGCUAGAAACUGAGGAUUUGGGCAUUUCUGUUUGGAAAAUGACUGAAAAUAAUCUGGCACUAAUUACCCUUAAAUACUCCAGCGACAGAAAGAGUUCAUUAAGAAACAACGUUCCUUUUUACAUGAAGACCAACUGAGGAAGAGUUCCUUUCACAAAGCCAAUUCAACUAAGUUGUUCAUUUGUGUUAAAAUUAGGCUUUUUGUGAAUUUCCCUCAAAUUUAAAACUCAAAACGUGUCAUUUUUUCUGCAUCAAUAAGGUCUGAUUUGGGGCAUUUAUUACAGAACACCAGAUUUAUUUUUGCGUUUCAGGACAUAGUGUUAUUGUUCCUGAAAACACGUUUACAAGUGAGAGCGUCAUCCUGUUUUUAGGGAAACGGCAGAAAAACACAAUAGAAGCACAUUAUUUCUUGAGUUUUAUUUGAGCUUCAGUUUCCUUCUUAUUUCCUAGAUCAUAAAUAUCUAUCAUGUCACAAAAGUUGUAAAAAUCUCCUUUCUUUUGUAUUUGUGUAUUUUUUCUUUUGUCAAAAUCAAUAAUUUCGUGCAAAAAAAAAGCUUUAAUUCUGUGGACGGAAACGAGGGCUCGUGGGACGCAAAAGCCAAAUCCCUCUUUCCUCCGUGUUUUCUCCCCCUUCCUAAAAAACCCUUCCUCCUCCUUCCUCUUCCUCCCCCGAGGCCGAGUCGCUCAGGGCAAACUGUGUUCUCUCUUUUUUGCCAACAGAGCUUUUUAAAAGAAAUAUUUUUUCAGAGAAAUUGUUUUUUUGUUUAAUUUUUCGUAUGGUUGUCUGGGGACACUCUCUCUUUGUCUCCCCCCCCCAAUCUUCCUCUUCUUCAUCUCUCCCCCAAUGUAUGCCUCCUCUUCCUCCGUCGAGAGAUCCUUGACACUUACACUGACUAGUUGACGUGUUUUCUUUUUUUUUUUUACUUUCUGUAAGUUAAAGGAAAAACAAACAAAAAAAAAACACACAAAAAGGACUUUGUAAAUAAAAUCUUAACAUUUUGCUCCUGGCGUCUCCUCUC